AGCCUCUAUGAUUACGUGUUAACAACUUGUUUUAUUUCUACGCUCACGCUACAACAAAUGGCGACGAGGACAAAAGAGCCACUAACCGUCACAUGCUGUCAAAAAAGCUGGUUUGAAAGACAGGGAGGCUCAAUUCAUGAAUAGCACGUUAUCACCGGGAGAGUCAUCGAGAUCAGUGAACUUUGUGAAACCAACAUUCAAAAGAACAAUGAAAAACCUCUAUGGGAAGAAGGGGGAAAGUUCAGGUGGUUCGGGUGGAAAGCAGAAAAGUGGAAUGCAAAAGGGACUUAAAUGUAGACGGUGCGGACUUCGUGGACAUAUUGGUGAAAAUUGUCAAGUCCGGUGUCAUAUCUGCAAACGUAUUGGACACAUCUCCAAGAAUUGCAAGCAAAACAGCAUUGUUCACAACAUUGAACAAGGAGAGUCGAGUUCGGAGAGUUAUGAGUUCGGUAUGGAUGAGAAUUGUGAAAAUGCCUUGGACAAUGAGCUUUACCCCGAGUAUGAUCAUGACAAUGAGUGUAAUUCAGUUGAGAUUGAAAAAGGUAAUGCUAAUACAUGUUCUUAUCUGUGUGCUGAUUUCUCUAAACUUACUCAUUUAACUGAUUCGAAAUCUUCAAAUAUGUAUGUGAGGGAUAAGGUGUUUAAUGCCUUUGAUUUUAGUUAUCUUGUUUGUGAUCCCGAUUCCACUAUUACCACUGAUAAGUCUGACUUAAGUUUAGUUUCUGAUAAUGUGUUUCCGAAUGUCAAUAUGAUUGAGUUAAGCAAACCGUAUGUAGAAGUAGAAAUCAACGGUAAACUUCUGUCUAUGGAGUUCGAUUCAGGGUCUGCAGUGUCUGUUGUGAGCAAACGUACAUUAUUAUCUUGUGGCUUGGCCAAUUUAACACUUACACCCAGCAGGCAAACAUUACGGGUUGCAAACGGACAAAUCAAAACAGUUGACGGCUGUGCUGUAGUUAAUGUAGAGUUGAACGGUGAAAAAGCUCAUGGAAUGCAGCUCUAUGUAGCAGAGGACUUCCCCAGUUUGUUUGGAAGACCGUGGAUUGUAAAGUUCUGUGGACAGAAUUGGCUAGAGAAGCUGCUCAGCACAAAGUUAGUACAUAAUGUAGCCCCAGACAAAUCCCAGCAGGUGUCAGUGAGCUGUGAAAGCUGCUCUGGGAGUGGUGUCGAUAAGGGUGACAUGCUAACCGAUGGUGCGACCGUGAAAAACAGGUGGAAAUGUGAAAACACCUGUACUCGGGUUGAUCAAUGUCGUAGUAUCGCUCAGUUAAAACAGAGCGAGGUGUUUAAAUCGGGUUUAGGACUAGUUAAGGGUGUACAGGCAAGUUUGGUCCUGAAGGACAACUCCAAACCUAUUAUGAUGAAAGCCCGUAGUCUACCCUAUGCCUUGAGAAACAAGGUUGAAAGUGAGUUAAAUGAUAUGGUUGAAGCGAAGAUUCUAACCAAAGUCGAAGACAGUCCAUGGGGGACACCCAUAGUGCCUUUGAAGAAGGAUGGAGGGCAGUCAGUGCGCAUUUGUGGGGAUUAUAAAUCGACCCUGAACAAAUGUAUCAGCACCCGACAAUACCCUCUACCUACCGUGGAGGAAUGUCUGAAUGCUGUGCAGGGGGGACAAACGUUCUCUAAGAUUGACAUCAAAAAGGCUUAUAAUAACCUGUUGAUAAGAAAUGAGGACCGUGUCUUGACCACCCUGAAUACGCACAAAGGGUUGUAUCAAUGGAAUCGCUUGCCGGAUGGCAUCAACAGUGCAUCGGCUAUAUUCCAGUCAUGUAUGGAUGACACUCUGUGGGGUGUGCCUAUGACGUGCUGCAGAAUUGACGAUAUAUUAGUUUCUGGUCGAAAUGAGAGUGACCAUCUGAUCAACCUCAAUAAUGUCAGAAGUAGGUUGGAGCAGCGAGGUUUUAAAUGUAAAACCGAAAAAACUUCUUUCAUGCAAAAAGAAGUUGUCUAUCUGGGUCAUGUGGUGUCUGCUGAAGGGAUCAAACCCGUGAAAAGCAAGGUCGAGAGUAUGCUGAUGGCUCCAGAACCUAGGAAUGUGGACGAACUGAUUAGUUUUUUGGGGGCUGUGAAUUAUUACAGGCGCUAUUUGCCCAACUUGUCGUCUGUGAUUGCUCCAAUUGAAAGGCUGAGAGCUAAGAAUGUAAAGUGGGUGUGGACAAAUACCGAAAAGACAGCGUUUAAAAUAUUGAAAAAUCUGCUGGCUUCUAACCGUGUAUUGACCUUUUACAAUCCCAAGCUUCCUCUUAAACUGGACACUGAUGCUUCAAUCGGUGGCAUUGGCGCAGUGUUGUCUCACAUUAUGCUGAAUGGGGAUGAGCGCCCCAUUGAGUUCAUCUCCCGGACCCUGUCACCGGCCGAGAGGAAUUACGCUCAAGUGGACAAAGAGGCCCUGGCCAUAGUGUGGGCCAUAAAGCGCCUACAUAUUUACUUGUAUAUGAGACAGUUUACCUUGGUGACAGAUCAUCGUGCGCUGGUUCGUAUAUUUGGCGAUAAGCCAAUUCCAGAGAUGACUGCCGGUAGGUUAACUAGGUGGGCUUUAUUCCUUAUGAAUUACCAGUAUGACAUUCAAUAUCGUAAUACCAAGGAUCAUGCUAACGCUGAUAUGUUAUCCAGGCUGCCAAAAUCGGUAACACACCCUGUGAGGGAGAGAGACGAGUUUGGUGAUAUGUUUGCACUGACUAUGAGCGAGACUUUACUCAAUGCUGAGUUAGUGGCGAACGACACUCGUAAGGACCCGAUUCUGAGCAGAGUUUUGGAAUACACUCUGAAUGGUUGGCCGAAGAAUCUGAAAUGUGACGGUGAUCUCAAAGCUUUCUGGACUAGAAGAGACGAGUUGAGCCAUGAACUUGGAUGUUUAACUUGGGGAGCCCGUGUCGUGAUUCCCGCUAAACUGAGAAGCACUGUAAUGGAUAUUCUGCACGCCACUCACAUUGGAGUAACAGGUAUUCCAAUUUGUCUGGUAACGGAUAACGGACCACAGUUCGUGUCGGAUGAAACUGAGGGAUAUCUGAAAUCCUGUGGUAUAAAGCACGUGACUGUUCCGACGUAUUCUCCCAAAUCAAACGGAAUCUGCGAACGACUUGUUCAGUCGUUUAAAUCCGCCCUGAAAAAGAUGUCUGUAACCAGUAAGGACGUGUGCAAGAAUCUGAACGAUUUUCUGCUAACUUACCGCAACACACCCCAUUCGUCUACUGGUCAAACACCAGCUGUGUUAGCGUUCAACAGAACUCUGCGAUCUAAACUACACCAAAUCAAACCAACCGAUCGGAUGAGGGAGCAGGAAUUGCAAUCUGAGAAACUGCAAGUUGCAAUUAACGAACACCCCAGAACUCGAGAGUUCCGGGAAAAUCAGCUCAUUUUCGCCAAAAUGGACGACAAAAGCCACUGGGAACAAGCUAGAGUAAUCAAAAGACUCGGUGAUAAUUCGAACAAUUACGUGGUCCAACACGCUGACGCAAUAAAACCGCAAAAAACGCUGUUAACCAGAGAGAUAGCUCGCUCUGACAUUAAGUUCCAGAAGCUGCAUGAAACAAGGGAAAGACGGAGAAUGAAUGCACUAAACCUAGGAGUUCCGAACGGCAACAGACUUGAGGCUGUGGCGAAACCAGCGUCCCCAGUCAAGGAUACCUCACCGGCUAAAGUGACUGAGCGUCCUCAACCGAAAGUUGCUUCCCCCCUGAAAACCAACGACAAGCAAGUCCGGGUGUCUGAGUUGUCCAAACCUACAGCUACAGGUGGUGCACCCUUACCUGAACCGCGUUUGGGACCAACCAGAAGUGCUAAGAGUGAUGCUAUCACUAAAAUGAAAACCAUGAGUUAGAAUGAGUAAUCACGAACUGAAAUCAUUGUAAACCCGUAUGUUGUAAUAUUUGUCAAACCGCUGUUUUUAUCACAUUUUUAGAGUCACUCAUUAUUUUAAAUUUUACAGAUUUCCUGAUUUAACUUAUAUGUAUUUUAAUAAUUCGACAGAGAACGUGGCUAAUCCAAUUUUAUGGAAAUAUGAGUUACAAGUUUUUAACGUUUAAGAAGCAAAAUGUUGCUAAUUUUGUCCCGACCUGUGGGGAGAAAGUAUUUUUUAUGUCUGUUUUCUGACAGUUAAAGUUAAAGACCAGUUUGGUCACAAAAGCUGUUCCACAUGUAUGGAACGCGCGGCGACGUUAAGCUAGUCAGCGCUAAAAAGUGACAGUCCUCCUGACCUCAAUUUUGCGCGCGCGCCUAGCUCCUCGUGUUAAACGCGAGCGCAGCUAGUUGUAUCGGCCGACUAGCUAUAACUUGCCGAAGGGAGAUUGUUAUAUAUAUUGAACAUUGAUUGCUAUCAUAAUUUGUUAUUAACGAUUUGUUCUUCCCUAGCCUCUAUGAUUACGUGU